AUGGCUCCGCUUUGGGGUUCCUCGUGGUCCUCUACAUGGGGCUCUCUAUCUGGAUAUAGUGCCGUUCAGAAUGGCGAACAAAACACAACCCCAGGCUCUACUACCGAUUCACAUCUCAAACCUAGCAUCGGCCAGAUCUUGAGUUCGAAGCGAGUGCGCUACGCUACUUUUUCCCUCGCUACCGUCGGCAUAUUCCUACUAGGUUUCCGAAACUACGAUCGUCUCCCAUCUAUCGAGAGUUUGCGUAAUAGUGGUGCUGCCGUCGUCGCCGGUUCCAAUUCAAAUUGUCCUACCGCGGUCGUACCGGCAUUCGAAGAUGCUCAAGUUAACUGGUCGCAAUUUGCGUACACGCAAUAUGUUACCAACGCCGCAUAUCUAUGCAACUCGGUCAUGAUCUUCGAGACUCUAUCCCGCCUCGGUAGCAAGGCUGAUCGCGUCAUGAUGUAUCCCGAAAAUAUGAUGGAUGCUGGCGAGACGAACCCAACGUCAGAAGAGGCGAAGUUGCUCGCUAAGGCCCGGGACGAGUACAAGGUUAAGUUAGUGCCCGUAGAGAUUAAACGACGAGCCGGAGGUGAUGCUACCUGGGCCGAAUCUUUCACCAAGCUUCUUGCAUUCAACCAAACUCAAUACACCCGUGUCUUAAACGUCGACUCGGAUUCAACUAUCCUCCAGACCAUGGACGAGUUAUUCCUUAUGCCGCCGUGCCCUGUUGCUAUGCCUCGUGCCUACUGGCUAUUUCCGGACAACAAGAUCUUAUCGUCUCAGUUGAUGUUAGUGCAACCCAGCGCGGUUGAGUUUGACAGGAUCAUGCAGAAGAUGGAAUCUGCCGGGCGUAACGAUUAUGAUAUGGAAAUUGUGAACCAGCUAUACGAACAUAGUGCUAUGAUUCUCCCGCAUCGUCCUUAUGAUUUGUUAACGGGCGAAUUCCGUGGGGACAAUCACCAGAACUAUUUGGGCACCGACCGUGAAGAAUGGGAUCCUGUCGCCAUUUUUAACGAAGCCAAGUUUCUUCACUUCUCCGACUGGCCCGUGCCAAAGCCGUGGAUCCCGAUGACUGACUCGAUGCGACAAGACAAGCAACCUAAAUGUGAGACGAAGAACGGUCAAGAGGACUGUUCAGCUAGGCAAUUGUGGAACGGGUUUUAUGAUGAUUUCACGGAGCGGCGUACAAGGGUUUGCAACGCCGGAAGGAAAGCUAGGCGAUAA